CAACUAUUCGGUUUGUGACAAAUAUAGCCAUAUAUAUCGAAAUACACGAAAUAGCCAUUUUCGUACAUUUCGUUAACUCCGUCAGUUAAAGGGAUGACUGGACUGAUGGUGAAUGCUUAGUUGACAUUUUCUGACCCCACUAACUGACGAGGAUUAAAAAAUAAAAAUAAAACGCACAUCAACGACAACUCAGCCUCACUUGUCGUAUAGACGCAACGUCAUAAUUUACUUUUAAAAAUAUAUAUUCUUUCAUUUUUUCCUUUCUUUAAUCGCACCCAAAAUCCGCAAAUCGGCUUAUCGUCCCGCAGCCAAAUCGUCGCAGCAAGACGAACUGAAUCCACCGCCGCCUUCUCCCCCCAGUCCCAAUCCGACUUUCCAAGUCGCCCUCUCCUCCCAACUCCAGGAAGCUCUUCGGACGCCGCUAAUCCAAACCCCAAAUUCUUUGUCACCAUUUUUGCUGUCAUCUAUCCUUCAUGUCCUUGCCCAAUUGCCAACAAAAAGUUUUAAAAAAAUGGUAGCAAGUAGAUGGGAGAAAGAAUCGAGUGGUUUAGAUGCCUCAAACCCCAAUUCCUUUUGUGAUCCAUGCCCUGAACCCUGCUUUAAUCCCUCUUCUGCUCCACCUCCAAUUCCGAUCCAUACCCUAAAUCAACAGACGCAACAAACCCAGCUUCGUUGCAACUCAGGAAACUCAGAAGACCAUAUCUGCGCAAACCCCUUCUUCGAUUUGGGGAAGCUGUCGAUGGAAGUUGAAGAGGAAGGCGGGAGUGACCUGCGAAGUGACAACGACCACCGUCGAGUAGCAGGAGUCAAUCCAUGAAGCCCUGUGCAAGAAUGACAUGCUGCUCUCUUCCAUCAAUUCGCCAGAGGAAGGAAGAAUUUGGCAGCUGCUGCUACUCUCCCAUCAAUCGGCCGGCGAAAUAAGAAGAAUCCGCAGACUGCAGCUGCCGAAAAAAAAAGGAGGGGAAUCUAGAUCUGUUGUCUCUCUUCAUCGUUGUUCUGGGUUCGGCGGAGAAAGGAGGGGAGAGUAGCAAAGGACGAUGAAGGGAGAUGGAGAGUAAGACCGAUGGUUUUCUUUUAAUAUUUUACGUUUUAAUAUUUGUUUUUAUUUUUUAUUUUAUGUGGCAGGUGAGAUGGAUCUGAUUCAGCAUUCCGUCAAUGAAUUUAUCGCCGUCACACAUUUUGCGGGUAACCACACCCACAAAUAUAGAAUUAUGCUACCCACAACCCGCCCCACAGUGGGUAGUGGUUAACCACUAUCCACUGCGAGGUGGUGCGGGUUGGAUGUGGAUACCCAAUAAAAUUUUCCUUCCUUCACCCUUUGGACUCGUAUAUGAUAAAUCUAUCGGUCGAGUGACAAAAAAAACCGCAUUGAGUUAAAACUAAGUAAAGAAGCCCAAGACAUGGAACGAGCGAGGAUUCGGUAUUCGAAACCUCCUAAGUCCUAACUAGUCAACCUCCUUCUCUUCGGUUCACUUCACUCGUUUACAUGUCACUUCACUUUCUUUAGGAAAUGCAUAUUGAUAACGAGCAUGGGUUGGAGGGGAUCUAAUCUAAGUAUACAUAGCAUCUUUAUCAGCGACAUGACUCAUUUGCUUUUUUAUUCGAAUUUUUUAGGUAUAAAUGAAAUUCUCUCCCGAGUUGUGGAAUUAACGUCUUCUUACACAAAAACAAAAACCUACAUAAAAGAGAGUUAAUAAAGUGCUAAAUAAACU